AUGCAAAUAGGUGAAGAUAUAUAUAACUUUCUACAGGUCUUCAAUCUUAUAAACCCGACCGAAGGAAAGAAAAUAAGUGAUGAUAAAUAUUCAAUUGGUAAAAAUACAACUAACCAACUAGAAAAUGGUUAGAUUUUUGCUAAAAUUAUUAGACAAAUAGCUAAAAUUUAAGCUUAAUCACAGAAAAGACCUGAACAACCGUUUCCCGAUUUAGAUUCUCUUAAGGAGAUGAAUUCCCCUGCAGCUAGAUUAUAUAAUUGGAAUGUUUUGUAAGAAUGCUUUAGAAAACUUUAGAUAAACUUAGAGACUGAAACAAAAAGUCUUAUAAUUGCAGGAGAUUAAGAUUAAUUAUCUGAUUUUAUAAAAGACAUCAUAGCCAACGUGGCUAUUUACAUGCCAGAAUUAUUUGGUAAAAAUAAAGGAAAAUCAAAAGUGAAACAAAAUGAGUAUAAAGAUGAAAUUGAGGUAACAAAAGUAGACAUUAACAAAGAUUUAACAAAAUGUAAAAGCUGUUUAGAAUUUUUUGUUGUCCUACUCUCUCGUCACCUUUCCCUUCCCCCUCAGCAAACUGCCAGUUUGUUUACACACAACAACAAAUAUUUAGCUCAUUUAUUUGCAAAAGGUGUUAAAGGAUUGUUUGAUCCUAUUAUAUUCUUUUACUAAGAAGUAUAUCAGAGCAUACCUCUAUUGCUGUAACUGUUUCUAGAAGAUCCUACAAAAAAAAGCAUGCACUUCUCAAUGAAUUGUCUGAAGCCUGGCUUAGUAAGUAAAAGCUAUGAAGUAGCAACCUGGGCUGCUAGAUUAUUUUCUAAAUUAGCUUUAGAAUUCAGUGAAUCAAACCUACUAACUGUUUCUUGGGAUUGGUUUGUUGGGGAAAAUGGUGGUUUAAAUACUACUCUGUUGGGUUUAAAAAGACACCCUGAUAUGAAAGAUUUAGUUGUAUAAAUAUUGCUACAGUUUGCAAGAUAUAAUUUUGUUGAAUUAUUUACAAUUCAUAUGAAGAAAGCACAACCUGAUCCUAAAGAUUUAGUUGGUACUUACCUUGUACUUCUGAAACCAUUGACUGCAACUCCUUCUGCUUGUGAUGAGAUUCUAAAUGCAGGUAUUUUAGAUGAAUGGAUAGAUUUUGCUUUAGAUGGUUCCACUGAUGAAUAUAAAAAUACUAUUGAUAUGAGGACAGUUUCUCUUACUUUGCUUGUUGAAGUUUGGAUGCUUUUUCCUUUUAAAAUAGAAGAUAGCGAAUAUAAAUCUAAUGCAGUUUUGUAACAGUUAGGAAAAGCUUGCAAAGAUAAAUCUUAAUCGUUAAUUGUUUGUAGUUUAACACUGCUCUUUUAAUUGCUGAUUUAUUUUGGCACUCAAAAGAGUCAAUUUGCUCCUAAUGUUUAUAGGACGUUAACUUUAAGUAUAAUUGAAAAUCACUAAAAUGUUGUUGUAAGAGAGUUCAUUAUGAAUAACUUUAUUACUGUAUAUGAAACUCUUGAGAGUAUACCAUUAAAUAUUUUAAUUGAGCCUCUAGUCAGAUAAAUAUAAGUAACAGAUAAUGUUUCAUAUUUCUUCAAUGUAUUUGAUUUUAACUUCUUUGCUUACAUAUCUAAGAAUGAAAAACUUUAGUUAAAGAAUGCUAUCUAAUUACUAGAUUUAUUUUUUAAAAUUUACUUAAAUAAUACAAUAUUUGCUAAUGUUUCAAGUGUUCCUAUCCUUAAUAUCGUUAACAGAUUUAUUGAUAGUGAGACACUUUAGGAAUUCGUUAUCAAAUUUGUUAAAGUUGCACUUGCUAUGUUUUAUGCAAGUGAAAAAAAGAAAAGACCAAAAGAAAAAGUAAUGCCUCUUUACAACAAUAAAAGUGCGAUUGGUCAACCUAAUUUAUCUCCCGGAGAAAUUGAGUAGGAAUUAAUAUAGGCUUAAAAAAGAGCUUUGAUAGUGGAAAUGAUUAAAAGUAUAGUUACCAUUAAUUGUUACGAAUUAAACGAAAAAAUAAAACCUUUAGUUGCUCACACAAAUAUUUAAAUAAAGCAAUUUACUAAGCAAAACAACAAAGGAAUGUAGAGUAUUCUAACAUUAUUUGGAAAUCCAGAUACAAUAUUAGAAAAGUAUGAAAAGGAAUAUAUAGAACACUAGCAACAACUUAAGCAAGAAGAAAAAGAGAGAAGAGAGUAAGAAUAAAAUGAUUCCUUACUCUAAGAUUUUGAAGGAUCUCCUAAAAAUUAAGGAGAUGUUUUAAAAAGUAUAGAAGAUAAUUUAAAGAAAUAUGGCAUUGGACUAAAAGAAAGACAAACGAAACUAACCAAAGCAGAAGCUACUCGUUUAGCUUUGCUAAGAAAUCCUAAAGCUGAUCCUAAAAUUCUGAAAAAGCUUCAAGAAAUUAAAGUAAAUUAUGAGAAUAGAGAAGAAAAAAAGAAAUUAGAAGUAGUUAAGCAAGAGUAAGAAACUCAAAAAGAAAAGGAAGUAUUGAGAAAAUAACUUAUGAGAAGAAGUUUAGAAUAAGGUGUUUCUAAUUUUAAUUAAAGAGAUGCUGAAGGUGUUUUACUUUUCUAAUUUGGUAGUAGAGAAAAGCAAAUUAAAAGAGAAAACAAAACAGGCUUACCAAUGAUUUAAUAUAUUGAUUUGGAUAAGGAAGAGUAAAGAGACAAAGAUACAAUUAAUAUUUUGUUAAGAAGAUAUAACAAGAUUUUGAAAAAUGUAUUUGUAAAGUAUUCGAAUACAGGCUUUUCUGCUUAAUUUAGCAAUAAAAAUGUAAACAGUUUUGAUGCAAUAAAAGAACAUAACUCUUUAAUCAGCAUUCCUGAAAUGUACAGAUUUGUUAAAGACUAUGAACUAUCUGAUAAAUUGUCUAAGGAAGAGCAUCAAACUUUGGUAAGAAUAGUGUCACAAGAAUAGGCUAAAAAGAAGAAUAAAUAGGAGGUAAGUAGAGACUAGCCAGAGUAAAAUAAAUAAAUUGAUCAAAAAAAGAAAUUGCCGCCUGCAACAUAAAGCCAACAAAAUAUGUUUUUGAAAGGAAGUAACGAAAAUAAAUGGAAUUUUAAUUAAAAUGAAGUAAAGGAUGUUAAAUCAUUUGAUUUCUAAGGCUUUUUAGACUAUAUAGUUUAAUUUGCAGGAUAUAUUUAUUCAAAACCACCUGAAGAUUUGAGACAUUUGCCUCUAAGUGCUUCACUACAAAAGGUUUUUGAUCACAUGAGAGAAAUAACAAGCAAGAAAGGCUAAUCAACUGCUUUGUUUGAUGAUUAUGACAAUCUUUUCUUUGGAGAAACAGAAGUCAUCAAGCAAUUCAAUAAGAAAUUAGAAGAAAAUCCUGACUACCCACUUCCAUAAGGAUACAAAAAAGUUAAAGAUAGAGAAAUAAAAUUUGAAUAUGCAUUAGACCCAAAGGGUAUUCUUCCUAUGAAAGAAUCAUUUAAGUACGCCUACUUGGUAUUAAACGACUUAUUUUAAGAAUAGCUUUAGUUUUCAAUCAUAGAACCUAAAUCAGCUACAAAAGAGGUCGUUAAGGCAUAACCUUUAAUUGGAAUUACUUCAGAUGUAGAAUCUCAUUACUUUGAUAUGUAUAAAUCUCCUUAAGUUUUAGAAUAAAAAAGAGUGAAAAAACCAUAAAUGGUCUAAAGUUAAUCUGUUGAUAUUCUAGGUCCUUGGGGCAAGCCUGAUAGUACAAAAACUCUUCCCAGUACCUUGAAUGUAAAAUCAAAGUAUGGAAACUAAAGAGUUUUAGAUAUUGACAACUACCGUAAACUAGACCUUGGUUUGAAAUUAGCUGUUUCUACAAUUGGGUAUAGAGAUCGCUACACUGCAGAAUAGUGCGCUUAUUGCUUAGAUGAUAUAAUAAAAUCUAUUGAAACUGGAGAUAGUAACCAAGCUUUUAGAAAUAAAAAAGUAGAAAAUAAAGUAAUCAAAGAGAAAAAGAAAGAAGAGGAAGCUCAAGAAGAAGCUAAAAAGAAGUAUGAGGAGAAACGUUUAAAGGAUCAUGAUUUUGUGAUGAGUAGAGCAAAGGAAAUUAUUGAAUAAAAUUCCGAUAAAGACAAAUAAAAAAAAGAGAAAGAGUUAUAGUUGAAGAAAUAAAAAGAAGAGGAGUAAAAAAAGAAGGCUGAUGAUAUGUCCAGCUUUUGGAAGGAGAAAAAAGAAGUAUUUGAUCAACAAAAAUAAAAAUUAAUAGAAGAGUAGAAAAAGAUUCAAGAAGAGUAACUAAGAAGGAUGUAAGAAGAAAAGGAAAAGAAAGAAAAAGAGUUCCAAGAAUUUAAUAAAAAGUAAAUAGAAAAGCAAUAAGAGGAAUUCAAAAAGCAGAAAGAAAAAGAAUAGCAGGAAGCAGAAAAGCAAAGAAAUCUAGAAGAAUACCAAAAGAAGUUAAAAGAAAAGCUGCAUAUGCAUAUUGUUAAAACAGACUAAGAAAGGAUAGAGAUAGAAAAAGUAAGUAAUGUAAAAAUAAAGGAGUUAUUUUAAAAAGACGAUGUAUAAAGUGUUUACAAGACUAACGAGUUUAAGCUAUCUUAAUUAUUCUUUUAUCUUAAAAAAUACACUUACCGUGAAAUAUCUAGACAAAAUAUUGCUGAUAAUGAAAUUUCAUACAAAACAUUCAACUGGUUCUGCUACAGAUUUAACAUUUACCCAGAAAUUAUCUCAAACCCUAAAGAUAUUCUUCUUAUUUAUCGUUCUGUAACUAGAAAUAAAUAGGUCAUUGACCAUAAACCUAUUGGUCUAAGUGAAGAAGAAUUUAAGGAGGCCAUGUUACGUAUUUCUAUUAAGGGCAAAAAAAUAUUCAAUAAAUUCUCUGAAUAAUUGUAGAAAGGAAUAAAUCUUAAUGAAUCUGAAAUGGCUAAAAUUGCAGAUGAUGAAAACAAAGAAUCAAAUUAAGAAGAAUUUUAGGAAAAUAAAUCUGUAAAGUCAUCUAAGACAGAAGCUCUUGAAAGGAUGAAAAACGUUAUCGAUUACUAUGGUAAUAUAGAUGAGGCUAACUCCCACACCUUGGAAGCUCUUAUUUAUUAUCUAGGACUUCCUAACGAUAAAUUAGGAAUUAAUGAAGCCCUUAAGAAUGUAAUGGAAUAAGGAGCUGUGCCAGAUGGAAAGCUUAAAGAAGCUAUGAAAUAGAAGAUAGUUAAAGAUCCAAAUGAAAUUUUAAGAUACAAUCCUCCUUAGAAUAAAGUAAAAUUUGGUAGAUCCUCUUAGGUUGGUCAUAAUUAAUCAUAGAUGGCAAAUAAUUCUUAGGUUGGUUCUCAGAAUGGUUUAGCAGAAAAUCAAGAAAAUCAGGAUUAAGAAGAAAAUGAGCAAGAAUAAAAUUGA